AUGCUAGAAUCUCUAUAUGAGGAAGCGGUCGGCCACAGCAUACCCCGAGACGCCACCGCCCGCAGCCUCGCCAAUUCCUUCCUGUCCGGGCUGAAAAGAAAGAGCGAUGAAAAACGCAUCAAAGCUGCCCGUGAACUUUACAGAUUCAUCCAAAAUGAACUGAAAGACGAGGGAAACCAUUACGUGAACGAAUUCUUUCAUGCUUUCGACGCCAGCUCGAAGGACAAAGAGAAAAACGAAUUGCAAGAUUGCCUGCGGGAAAGCUCUGAAAUCGAAGAAAAACGAGCCGGCAUCUUCAUCAUCGUUUGUAUACUCGAAGCGCCGGCCACGGGAGAAGCCUCCAGAGUCAAUCGCUACGCUAACUUAUUGCUUCGAAGUUUGACACAGCCAAACACUGAUGAGCACACGAUGGAGCUGGCCGCCCGCGGGCUCUCUUAUUUGAUACAGACUUCAAAAGUGACGGAGUUAGUCAACAAAUGUAUGGAUCAAUGCCUGGAAUGGUUAGAGGACAACGAGCGACAAGAAAAACGUCGUCUCGCCGCUGCGUUUUUGACACGAGAACUCGCGCUUUUCACGCCGACUGCCUUUUUCGCGAGGGCCACAAAUUUCUUCAAGAAUAUAUUUAAAGUGGUGCACGAUGCGAAGUACAUAUCGGAGGGCUAUUUGGUGUGUCAGAACAAGGACGUCCGGAUCGCGGCGGUGAAGUGCACGGUCAACAUGAUCAUCCCGUUUAUGAAAGUCUUCCACCGUUGCCAUCGCGAAUAUCGAGGUCAACUCCAGGAGACGAUCAUCGGCGUGCUCACCCGGGUCGUUUCUGUGGGUGUCGUUGAUAGAGACGUGGAAGUGCGACUCUGCGUACUGGACACGCUUUUUAAUGGCUCUUUUCCGUUGCUGUCAUUGUUGGCUACAGAUCAGAUGCUGACGAUGCUUUUCAUGUGCAUUCAUGACGAGAAGCCGGAGAUCCAGGUGGCGGCUAUUCGCCUCCUCGGAAAGAAAAAUACUUAUAUUUUUAGCAUCCGUAUGACCGAGGUCAAUCCAGCUGUCAUCAUACCACGACUUCGGCGCAUCCUGCUCGAAUCGUUGAGCCAGUUGAAAACAAGUGGAAAUGCCAGGCUGGAGCAGCACAGCGCCCGUCUCAUCUGCCAGCUGGCUAGGCAGAACCCCGACUUCAUUAAGGUGUACGUCAGCCCAACCACGGAAGCGCUGCUGUCAAGAUUACGAAUCGAAUCCGUCCAUUCCGAUGUGACGGUGGAGGUGCUGGAUUGCCUCGGGGAGCUGGCGCUCGUCGGCGGAUCGGAAAUGGUCCGAAAUCUGCCGGUCGUCUUCAAAUUUCUGCAUCAAUGCAUCACAGACAGCAGCCAUCGUAGGAGGAGACAGGCUGCACUGAGAGCUAUGUGCCGCAUCGUCCGAACCACCGCCUAUACGGAAAUGAGCGCCGAGAUGCGACGGCAAACCAUCCAAGUGCUCGGUGUGCUUGGCGCGCUGGAUCCGUACCUACGGAAGGUGUACCUUGGCGACGUCCCGUCUUCUUCAACCCUCUCCACCGCCCUCUCGAUGCCGUCUACUAGAUUCCAAACGGAUACGCGACAAGAGGUUAUCCAAUGGUUCAACUACGAGAAGUGCACCCUCGAGGAAUUCUACCCGUCGAUCACGCUGGCCAAUCUGAUGUUGAUGGUCCAGGACGAUGCCUACAACGAUCAUUACAAACAGAUCGUCCAGGCGCUGCUCACGAUUUUCCAGGGGAUGAACCAGGAUGAAUACAAGGCCUAUGUCGAACAGGUGCUACCCCGCCUCAUCGAAGUGACGCGGAAGAACCGACAGCUGGAGCACCGGAAAUUCUUCAUCUCCCAAAUAGCCCAACUCGUCGACAUUGUCCGGCUCCACGCGAAGAACUACAUGAAGUCCAUCUUUCAAAUGAUUGCUGAAGCCUGGUGCGAAGACCAGUCGAUGAAGCUCACGAUCAUCAGCGCGUUAGAGUUGAUGGGGACGGCGCUGGGGAAGGAUUUCGCCCCGUUCGUCGACGAGCUGAUCCCGUACUUGCUACGCGUCAUCCAGUCAGAUCGGACGGCCGAACGACGGCUAACUACCAAGGUGCUGGCGUGCGUGGGUGCGCUAUCCGGAUGUUUGACGCCUCACCUCCACCUCGUUCUGCCGCCGAUCCUUGCGAUUGUCGACGACUCGAACAGCCUGAUGAACAUGUGGCGCCACUUUGACGUCUACCGGACGAGCGUUGACAUGGCCCUGCUGAAGCACAACCUGCAAUGCCCCGAGUAUGAUCGGUUGACGUUCACGAUGAUGGAUCACGAGCUGAAGCAUGUUCGAGACAUGUACGACACGGAGUUGACGGCGUUGGCCGGCGAGAGCUACGAGAGGGCGUACGGAGCGAUGGUGCUCAUCCAGCAACUUGCCGAGCUGGAGGAGGCUAUCGAGUAUCGAGUCCGCAAAGAUCGCCGACUUCGCAUCUCGCUGCUCUGGUCUCGCCGGCUGCUCGAUUGCCAGGAAGACGUCGAGCAGUGGCAGCGCGCCUUGUUCUUAUGG